GGUCCCACCUGCUUGGAUCACUGGCCACCAAGACACCAAACAGAGGAGAGGUGAAGGCUCCAGGAGAAAGCAAGAAGUCCAAGAGAGCCUGCAGAAGCAACGUGGGGUGGAAUGCAUGAAAAAUGACCCUAGUGGUGUCCAUCCUCCUCCUCAUCCUCCUCCCAGCCCAGGCUGCAAGCAGCAGACACCUCCCCAAGUCAGCAAUCUCAAGCCCUGUGUUUGGACCAUGGCAGGUCUAUGGUCUGCUCAAUGGCUCAGUCACCAUCACCUGCUUCUACCCCCCCACCAGUGUCAACAGGCACGACAGAAAGUACUGGUGCAGGGAGGCAGCCAGCAGCUGCAGGACUGUUGUCUCCACCAGCGGCUAUGUUGCUGCAAGCUACCAAGGCAGAGCCUCCAUCACUGACUACCCUGAGUCCAAACACUUCCAGAUCACCAUCUCUGGGCUCACAGAGGCAGAUGCAGGCACCUACCUGUGUGGUAUUGGCAUCAACGGCCGAGGCUUGUCCCACAAAGUCAGCCUGGAUGUUUCUGAAGGACCACAUGUACCUGAGGGUGCUGAGCUCUUCUAUGUGGAGCUGCACAGCACUGUGUCCAUGACCUGUAGCUUUGGGAAGGAGUCUGCAAACGAGAGGAAGUUCUUGUGCAAGCUGGACAAAAGUGGCUGCCACAACAUCAUCGACACCUACGGGAACGUCCAUGAGGACUACACAGGCAGGAUCCUGCUGAGCAACGAGGAGACCCCAGGCUCAUUCAGCAUCAUGAUCACCCAGAUGGGCUGGCAGGAUGCUGGCUUCUACCUCUGUGGGUAUGGAGCCUAUGGGACAAGUGGAGAAACGAAGGAGCUGGAUGUGCAUGUCUAUGAGAGAACCAAUGUCCCUCAAGGCAAGCCCACGAUAAUUGGUGUCAAAGGAAGCUCAGCCACCUUUGAGUGCCACUAUGCACCCCUCAGAAGCUCCUCACUGAAGUACUGGUGCAAGUGGAGGGAGAAGGGCUGCAGCCGCAUCAUCGACAGCUCUGGGUUUGUGUCACCCCUCUAUGAAGGAAGAGUCACCAUGGUCAACAACCCAGAGAACAAGACCUUCACUGUCAUCCUCAACCAGCUGAAGGACAGUGACAAAGGCUACUACUGGUGCAUGACAGAGGAGGAGAAGGAGCAGCAAUCAUCAACCGAGCUGAAGGUCAUAGAGGGAGAGCCUGGAUUGCAGGGCCAGAAGGACGUGGAGGCACGAGUGGGCUCCCCAGUGGAUCUGACCUGCUCCUACCCCUGCAAGUACUACUCCUACCAGAAGUACUGGUGCAAGUGGAGCAGCACCAACUGCACCCCUGUGCCUGCUUCUGACCAGAGGCAGCCGGGGCCAGACGUGAGCUGCGACGCCGACAACAGGACCCUCACCCUGAGCUUCGAGUCGGUGACAAAGGCAGACCAGGGCUGGUACUGGUGUGGAGUGACACACAACGGCCUCCUGGGGGAGACCAUGGCCGUGUACCUGGCUGUGGCUGAAGGUACAGGGCAGAGUGAUGGCCACAACCAGGACAUUGAGAAGGCUGAUGCCCCCAGCCCUGCUGAGACUGGUGGCAGUCCCCAGGGAAGAGCCUUCAGUGAUGCUGGGGAGCAAAGUGCAGCUGGCUCAGAAAGCCCUGACCAAAGCCAAGGUUCCAGCACUCUUGUGUUAAGCCUGAGCCUUACUGGUGCAGUGCUCCUGGUCCUGGUGACAGCUUUUGCUGUCUUCAAAUACAGGCAGCUGAAGAGAUCUGAGCUGGUGUCUGUUGGAAGCUACAGGACCAACAUCAGCAUGUCAGACUUUGAGAGUGUGAAGGGCUAUGGAGCAAGCAACAAUGCCUGUGUGAAGGAGAACGAGGAGACCCAGAUGGGAGGGGAUGAGUUCAUCACCACUGAGGCCACCCCAGAAAGUGCUGCUGAAACAAAGAAGGCAAAAAGGAGCUCCAAGGAGGAUGCUGACCUCGCCUACUCCACCUACCUCCUCACCUCUGGCACCAUCACUCAAGUUGACCCCAUGGGGCACAGCACUACCCCAGAGGUGCCCCCUCCAACUUGGCAGGGUCAGAUCUGAAGGCAGAGGAGCAAGAAGGAUGACAACAGCUGGGACUGGGCUCUGUCUGGAGGGUCAGAGCAAACCCUCAGCAAGCAGCACUCUUUAUUGCUACCACAAUUUGCUAUAGCUUGACCUUGAUCAUUUUUUUCUUGCUUCCAUUCAGCUUUGAGCAGUGAUUUAGGAGGAAUUGGCUGAUGCCAAACGGGGCAGCUGGGCUGAGUGAGCAGGUUGGACUGGGAAAUGGCAGGAGCUUGAGGGGCUGAAGCCACCCACCAGUGCCCUUCCAACUGGGGUUGCUCUCAGAGGCCAGGAGGCACAUUGCAGAAAGGUAAUUUUCCUUUGAAGGCAACUGCAAACCCUCUAGGACAGCCUCUUGCUUUUGAUUCCUCUAAGUUUCCCCCUCCAGAAGACCAUACCUAUGGACCAGGCAUGGCCUGGAGGAGUUCUGUGCACAAGCAAUAAAGACCAUCACUGGCUUCAGCAGAGCAGGGGACUCACAGGCCAUGGGAGGGCAUGGGGAAGAGGCCACCUAAAGAGGGACCCUCAGGGUGUAUUUGUAGGGGAAGGGGGGGGGGGUGUUUCUCCCCCUUUUCACUGCAGCAGUGGAACAUCAGGUCUGGUCUUGCAAACAGCAGAGGAUGGGAGGAGAAACCUCUGAGUGAUGGGGAGAAACAGGCAAAGGUUUGAGUGAUGUUAGACAUCUGCAUCCCAGCGUGGCAUUAAUUAGUCUGACAA